AUGCACAAGCCCUUUGAUACUGAAAGGGAAUCGAUCGUCUCUCUAGGCAGCGAAAUAAAUCAAUCUACGCCGAUUAUACAAGCUGCAGUAGUAGCUUCGGGUCAACUGAACACCCAUUUUGGCCCGCGUCAACGCCCAGCCCAGCCAGAAGAUGAAGACGACAACAUGUUUCGACUGGAGGACAUCGCGGUGUGA